CCUGGUCUAUAACAGACCGCUGGACAUUGUGCCGAACAUCUUAUCUCCAGUAUUCAGAAAACGUGGAGAGACGAAGAGAGGAUUUCCACCAUGCAGUUUGCAGUGCUUUUAUUUUUGCUUCCAUUGUCCAGGAAGAUUGUCUCAGGUUCAGAAUGGUGCUACCAGUCACAAGUUAGCUGCAACAGUACCUGUGCAGGCCCAGAUAUGUGGCAGGAUGUUUCUAAACUAUGCAGUGGCACAUCUCAGUCUCCAGUUAACAUCAUGACAAGAAGAAUGCACCUAGAAGAAAAACCAGCUCAGUUUCAUUUGGACGGCUACCAGGAGACAUUUCAUGGCAACCUCACAAACACCGGUCAUACAGUUCAGUUGGAUUUACCUUCUAGUAUCAUGAUCAGUGGAGGACACUUGGCUAAAAACUAUAAAGCCAUUCAACUCCAUCUGCACUGGGGCAAAAAUGGAGCGCCUGGGUCUGAACACACGAUUGAUGGAGAGCAGUUCCCAAUGGAGAUGCAUAUCGUCCACAUCAAAGAAGAAUACAAUUCUUUGUCCCAGGCUGUAAAAGACCACACAGGAGUGGCUGUUCUUGGAUUUUUGUUUCAGGAGUCUCAGUCUAUAAAUAAAAACUACACUUCCCUGGUUGAAGUUCUGCCAGAGAUCAUUAAACCCUCCAACAGCACCAUGCUGAAAGAUGUCUCCCUGGAAAUGUUAAUUCCUCCUCAGGAAAACUUGACGAAAUAUUUUCGCUACAACGGCUCCCUCACGACUCCUGAAUGCGCUGAAGCUGUGGUCUGGACGGUGUUUGAAAACACCAUACCCAUGAGCAGGGAACAGCUCACUGCAUUCAACCAGCUUAAGUUUUCUGAUGGGGCGCCAAUGGUUCAGACCUACAGACCAGUGCAGCCUUUGAAUGGGAGGCUGGUGUAUUACUCCAAAGGAGACAUUCCUGUGGUCAGCUGGGUGCUGCUGAUCAUGUCAGUGCUGUUUGCCAGUCCCCUCCCCCAACACUCUGAUGGAUAAAAGCUGUGUUUUAUUCAGACACCGUUAGAAAAUGUGACAAAUGUUUGUAUAUUUAAAUUCUGUUCAGAGAUACAGCUAAGAACUAUAUUUAGGGUGUACGUUUCUUACCUCUUACUUCUUGUCAUUUUAUUUUUGUUCAAAACUUUUCUGUUGUUUUGAGAAAUCAGUUUUUGAGCAUGGUUGUACAGUUACAUCAUUAUUUAUGGUUCACAUCUUUGAGUAAUUUAUUGUAGAACUGUCUCUGCUUUUUGGCUGUUUUAAGUUAUGCUUUAGUUGUUUUCAGUUUGUCACUGUUAAUAUCAAAAUGUAACCAAAAAGAAAAUAAAAAUUAAGAGAAUGUUUAAAGGAGAUUAAAAGCAGAAGAUGUUGUCAGAUAUCAGAAAAAUGGUUUCUUCAGUCAAAGCUUAGUGAAGCUCCAUCAACAAAUGCUUCCCUGCCCUAAAUAGUGACUACUUCUAUUGAUUAAAGUUGAAAAUUAUACCAUUUGAGGAUUCUCCUAAUUUUGCAAUAACCUCCUGGGACAUAAAUUUGUGCUUUAUCCUUUAUGAUCUUUGAAAAUGUACACUAUUUCCUUCCUCAGUAUGGAUUUUGCCAGCAAUCCGUUUUGCAACCACCAGGUGGAAGCACCAUACAAGUGUGAUCAAAUUACUGAAACCUUUGUUUGAUCUAUUCAAAAACAUUAAAGGUUUAGUUUUUAAUUUUCGAAUCCAGUCAGACCAGAACCUAAUUGAUUCGAGAAUCUGUGACCAGUGUUUUUUUGUUCAGACUCUUUCCGUCCAAUGUGACUGAGAUUACUUGUGCAAGUAAUGUGUUACGUUGUUAAAAACAUACCCCAAAAAGACUUGCAGUGCGGCUAAAUAUAAAUACUACUUUUUUCUGAAUUGUAUUUGUAAAAUAAGAAAGAAAUAAAGUUUGACAAAACAUC